AUGAGCUCCAGCACAGAGCCACCAGGAUUUAGUGACAGGGCUCCCCACCGCCACAAGCACCUCCCAGAGGCCACGCCUCCCGGCACCAGAUUCCAUGAAGUGCCCACCCUCUUAAGACCCCAAAGUGGGGUUAAGUCUGAACCCGCAAGGCCAGGGCACCCAGACCACGCCAAGGUGCCAGCACUGAGCCCCUUCCCAGAGACGAGCCCCCCUGUGAGACGGCCGGUCACACACAGCACCCCCGCGGGGCCGGCCCUGGGCUGCAGCCCCCCGGCCCCAGGAGGGGCCUCCUGCCUCACUGCGUCCCCUGAGGCCACACUCUCCUCCCAAGAGCUCGUGUCCCACCCAGCAGGGGUCAGCCCUGCGACCACCGCCAGCAGGAGGAGGCUGUCCACCAUCAGGGCAUCCGGUCAAUCUUCGGCUCUCUCGGUCCCCGGGGAGGAACCGCGCACAUCGGCCCCGGAGCCUCAGCAGCAGCAAGGAGUCCCACAAGCAAGGAGCGGGCUGGGGACCACGGGACUGCCUGGGAUUCCUGACCCAGCCCCCAGGAAGAGACGAGACCCCCAGGCCCGGGCUGCGGCGAUGGAGCGGGUGAGGCAGUGGGAGAUCCGCCUGCUGCUGGACAUCGAGGAGGCCGUGCAGCACGAGCUGACCAUCCAGGAGGAGUGA